AUGAAAAGGCACUUGACAGCCGGCCAGGACGCACGCGAGGGAGCGCGAGCCGGCCGGACCGCGGCGCCGCCCGAGCCAAUCGCCGUCGCCGGCGGCGGCCUCUCCAUGGGCUGCGAGCGGGAGGAGGGGGCGGCGGCGAGCUCUACCCGCCGGGCCGCGGCCGCUCCGAGGUGA